CCUUAUCCUUAUGACUUAAGUCGCCCUUAACCAUAAGUCCGCCCUUAACGCGUUUCAAGAACGAACCUUGUACUUAUCGCAGAACUUUCCUCGUACUUAUCGCCGUCAUAAGUAAGGCUCGGUUAAGGUAGCCUAUGACCUACCUUAAGGCUUCCUUGCAGACAAACAACAUGGCGGCGGACGACAACUUCGCGCAGUUCGUUGAUUAUGUGAACCGCAAUGAAGACAUACUGAACGGCACAGCGUACGCAUACGCGUCACCGUCGCGGCGAACUCUCAAGGACCGACUGAACCCUAUGGAGGCUUACGACGAGCACGAAUUCUUGUGUCGUUACCGCUUCACAAAAAGUGCCGUGAAGAAGUUGCUUGCUGUGCUGCCUCUGCAGGAAAACGCCGACGGUCGUGGGUUUCCUUUGCCGCCUCUCAUGCAGCUGCUUAUUGCAUUGCGAUUCUAUGGAGCGGGCACGUUUCAACUUGUGAGCGGCGACCUUGUCAAUGUCUCGCAGCCAACUGUGUCACGAGUAGUCAAGCGGAUAUCUGCCUUGCUUGCAGAAACACUGUUUCCCGUACUAGUGAAAUUUCCCGAAGCGUCGCAAGUGAGUGGCGUUAUGGAGGAAUUCUACAAGAUCGGCAAAUUCCCGGGUGUCAGCGGAUGCAUAGACUGCACGCAUGUGCCUAUCAGGAGCCCCGGCGGUGACGACGCCGAAGUAUACCGCAACCGGAAAGGAUACUUUUCAAUCAAUGUACAGGGAAUCACAGGGCCAGACUUGCAGUUCUACGAUGUAGUGGCCAGCUGGCCAGGGUCUGCCCACGACAGCAGAAUUUUCGACAGCAGCCGUGCCCGAGUGAUGUACGAGACGGGUGCCAUCACCGGGAUUCUGCUUGGAGACAUGGGCUACGCCUGCCGCUCGUAUCUCAUGACUCCUCUCAAAGAUCCUCAACGAGGCAGCCCCGAAUACAGGUACAACAAGUCACAGUCACGAACAAGGAACAGUGUGGAACGUGUGUUCGGCAUCUGGAAGAGGAGGUUUCCGUGCCUUCAAAUGACGCUACAAAUCGACACAAGCACUUCCCUCACAGUGAUAACAGCAUGUGCAGCUCUACACAACCUAGCCAGAAUGCUGCGUGACCCAUGCCCUCCGGAUCUACAGCCCCAGACUGCACCGAGUGUUCAGCAGCCUACAUCGGCACUGCCAAACGGACAGCUUCAGAUGGGAACCCAAGACACCGACGGCUUUAGAACCCGUGAACGUAUCAUUAGAAAUUAUUUUUCCUAAAUGUA